AUGGAAAAGCCAGGUUGCUUAGGCAAACAUGGCCGCCAAGGGAUAAAGUAUAAGAGGACCUGUAAACAUUUUCUUUUUUUCCCCACCAUGAACGAAUAUGAAGAAGACACUUGGAGUAAGUAAACAGUAGAUUGUGUAAAAACAUCGUAUAAUUGUGUCUUUACAUUUUUUAGUGAUAAAUGACGUGUUCACCUCAUGACCUCAUACGAAGGCAUCUGUGCAUAAAGGCCGAGCUUCAAAUUUAGUGAACACCCGUGACGGACAUCGGAGAUCAGAAAAGAACUACUCUUGUGUCUUGCAACCUAUUUUGAAUUUAUGAGGGUACAGCUUUCAGGGUUAAGGUAUAUCUCUAAGAAAUCGAUCCAUACAUACAUACUUAACUUUAUUUAGUAAAGCAGGUCAAGAAUACGCAACUUACAAGCUAAUUUGGACCUACUAUAAUCCCCGCUUGUCUGUAUCAAUACCUUUUAAGACUGCUAAAAUUCAAGUCUUGCACUGGUCGGUAAAUGUCAGUGUCGCCUGAUUUGACUUUGGUGCAAUGGUUCGAACUCAGGAUAAACAUUUUGAUCAUGCAGUCGAAUUGUUGGGCCUAGAAUAAUCCCGAACGGGACUGGGACUCUGAAGAUAGACACAGGCCUGGUUCAGAGGAUGGCAAAUUAACACGCAAUUUUUUCCUUUGUUGUCCUACAUUUUGCAUGGAAAAAUUACCUUUGCACUCAUGACAUCCCAUUGAGUACUACCAUUCUUAGCAGUAAGGAUGGGCCAGUAGUGAUACCAAAUAUUAGAUGCCAGCAAUACCGAAGUCUACUCAGAAAAUAUCAUUAUAACACAGUGCGUAAAUUUGUCUAAUCAAAUUCAAUUGCAUGAGCAUGCUUCCUAUUCCUAUUGUGCACGCUCAUGAUGUCAGCAAACAAAUCCCUCAAGAAUUUUGUAUUCAAUCAGAAAAUAAAGUUCAUUUACACACAUGAAUUCAGCUGUCAGUUUUUUGACCAAUCUAAGACAAGAUCAUUUACAGUGUAGAGAAAUGUUUUCCUGAAACAAAAUUAUCAAUGCGCUGAAUCGUAGCAGAGGGAAUAUUAACCCUUUUACAACAUUUAAACCAUCAGGUUGAAAAUGUUAUAAAAUAAUUGGUUCAUACAUCAGCUGUGCAUUCAUUGAGAUAUGAAGCGCUUGGUAAGUUCGGAGAGCACUCAAGAAGCUAGCACUCGAGGUAUAGCCAAGAGCUACUCUUACACAUCUUUCGUGCUCUCUAAACUUCCUGUGUGCUUCAUAUCUCAAUGAACGCACACUGACGUAUGAACCAAUUGUUAAAUACUAGCAAAAAGUAUUGAUGUUUACGAUACUGUAUGUGACCUGCCCACACUUUACCUCACUCUCAUGACCAACUACUGACAAGGAGCCAAAGAGACUCUGGGCUCAAGAUUGGGCAAUGAUCGCUGUAGUGUACCAUCUAAAUAGUGUGUGACUGCUGCAACAGUGAACUAAUAAAAAACUGUGAGUUUCAACUUAAGUAGGUCCUUAAUCCAGUUUUAAAUUUUUGACUGUCUUGUUCAUUCUUCUGUAGAGUACUGAACACUGCAUAACAUUAACAGUGCAAGAUAACUCUAUAACCCUGUAUGUUGGCAAUCAAAUCACAUGACUUACCAUACAACUCACUGAGGUCACAGUAUAAGUAGUAAUAUCAAUAUCGUAAUUGGUAUCAUAUUGAUUCUGAAAAACUGUAUCGGCCCAUCCUUACCUAGCAGACUAGAAUAUAGGUUGUCUAAACAUCAGUCUGCUGACAACAAUCACUUUUAGAAUUAUUAUACUCUCAACCAGAUGAAUCUUUUACUACACAAUCAACUGACUUGAUUUUGUUUAUUUAUUUUACAGAUAUAGCAUCAUGGAAGGCAGAUAUCCCUGGGAAAGUUUCUUAUGUCAAGCACCUUUUGAGUUGUUCUCAGUUUCCAGAAUGUAGUAGAGAUGUCAUUCUUAUGUUGGAGAAAUAUUUCCAAGCUUAUGCACCAGACACACCUCCAAACCCAGGACUUUAUCUCUCGGCAUUUCUUGACGAUGUUGUUGAUUUAUACAUAUUUCACAGCAAAGGUUCUGGCUCAAAACCUUUGUCUGCCAUUCAGGAACUUCAGCUCUUAGAAGUUAUAUGUUCCUGCUUUCAAGAUCAACCAUCUGAUAUUGUAAGAUGCGGAGUGUUUUAUUUGUUGUUUGGAAUAUCAAGUCAAGAUAUCAAAGAUGGAAAGGUAGGAUUCAUGUCAAAGAAAGAAUAAAUGUUUAUAGUCACUGUGGUAAUUUGUUUUUUAAAUUUUGUGUCAUUUCAAACAAUAUACAGGUUGUUGUAUGAACAUCAGGUGAUAAUUUAAAACAUAGUAAUAAUUAUUGACUGAGGGCUUUUCUAUGUACAUGUGAUAGAAUAGAGCAGUUGUUGAUUGUUGUCAGUGAGUUAAGAAAUACAAUUUUGAAAUAAGUACCACCCUUGCAUGAACACUUUAACGGAAAGGUUAAAGAUGUAUGCAACACCACAGCAUUUAAAGGAUUUAGUACAAUAUAUCAAUCUGUAUGGUUAACUUCAUUUUGAUUAUGUGUAAUUUAUACCCUCCUUUGGGAAUUGUGCAACUUCUUAGGUUGAAAGGAAAGUUGAAAUUCUUACAAAACUAAUCUCUAUGGCUGUGGCAUUGCAAUGCAACCUUUUGUUAGAAUCAAUGGCCAUAUGGAUGCAGGUUUGUAUCACUUUUCAAUCCUCUUUUUUUUCUCCCUUCUACACACCCAAAGCUGGCCUAAAAGAUUUCCUCAUAUUGUUUAUUUAAAGAUGAAAACAAGACUUCUUUAUAACAAUUCAAAUUUUGAUUUUGUAUACUGUAAUUGGCAGAAAAAAUGAUGGUGUAUUUUUUUUGAUAAGGGCUCAAGUGCUCUUACAAAUCCGGAGGUCAUUGCUUUGAGCUUGCCUCAUUGGUUUUUCAAGAACCACAGUGUUAUGCUCUCUUGAGCAAACAACACUUUUUUUUAUUCAAGACCAAACUCAGAAAUUCAUAUCACAAAUCAUUAUAAUCUUCUUUUUUUUUUGUCCCAGUGCAAGGUACUUUUGACAUUACUGAUCAAUCCCUGUGAUAACUGAGCAGUUGACUUAUGAAAUUAGAAUAUGCUCUGAUCAAUCAACAAGGUCCCCAUAGGUCAGUAGGCUGACCAUUGAAUCAGAAAUUCAGAGGGAGUAAAUUUACAUUCCUAACUGAGAACUCAAACCUUUCCUUUGGCCCUGGCUUGUGACAUUCCUUCAAAUUAUUUAUUAAACACUGUUGCACCUCUUUUCAACUGUUUUUGUUUCAAUGCAUGCCUUUUUUCUGAUUGUGUCUUUUCUUCAUUAGAGACAUCACCACCUGCCUAGUCUAGUGUUAAAAGUGACAUCAUCUAUUGUAGAAGACUACACAUGUCUUGUGCCAGCUUCACUGCCAUUCCUUCAGACUCUUGCAUGUCACUCCCCACAGAUGGCCUGUCAGUUGAUGAUUGCGCUAAUUAGUUUGUAUCCUGUUGUUAGUUCAGAUAAUCAGCAAGGUGAGAAAAAAAAUUGUGUAAGAAGUGAUAAACCUAAACUAAACCAAGGCAGCUACAAUCAUGAAUAAAACCUGUUUGGCAGGAGAUUACACCACUGAUUGUUUUUUUGUUAUGCUUCUGUCCUUCAUCCAAACUCUUACUUUGUUCCUUUUCGAUAUAUAGUCUAUGUGAUAUAAUAAAGGAACUUUAAAUUUGUGUAUUUAGUUUACUGAGAUGAAAACUUCUUACCAUUAAGUUAAUUUUCUCUUUCUGUAUUUUCAACAAAACAAUGAAUCCUUGUCAUACAAGCUUUCAAUCCAAGACAACACAGUUAUAAUGACUGCUCCUGCUUUUAACAUGCCACUUUUGUUUUCAGAUGAAAGCUUAUCAGUUGGGUCAUCAAAUCGACCUCCCUUGGCUCUCCUUAGAGUUGUAGCAUCAUGGGUCAGUGAAAACCCUGAACUAUGUAUUAUGACUUGUCCUUCCAAUCUCCUAACAGUUGGAAGUUUGCGAGGAUCAGUAGCUCCCCCAGAGUCCACUUCUCUCCCCAUAGGUCCUGUGUUAGGCUUACUGCGUUGGGUAGUAUUAAUGCCAUUACAUUUAAAUGGCUUCACAAGCAACCUACAUGUGUAUAAGGAUUCUAGAGUGUUAUGCUCUCAGCUUCACCUGGCUAUAAUUCAAGCUUUUCUACUGGCUGGUAAAGAUAAAGAAGAUCCACAAGAUGAAAUGGAACUGGAACCUGGAGAAGUUAUGGAUGAGUCAGAUAGUCAGCAUCUUAUCAAAGGAACAGAUCUGAAAGAACUCUCUCAAGACAUGAAAAAACUCAUAGACAAGUUAGCAACUGUAGAAUUUAGUCACAGCAUCAUUGCACAACAAGUCCAGUUGUCGAUGGAUAGAUUUGCUCAAAUUUUACAAGUUGCUAUGGCGACAGGAUGCCUUUCUGCUGCCAAAGGUUGGUAUCCUUUAUUACCAGUGUAAAUUGUGUUUGGGUAUUUAAAACACAGGUAAUAUGUGAAAAUAAUCUCAAAUUUUAUGGAACUUAACUAAAGCUUGUAUCUGAUUUGUGUAGUUGGUGCUUCAACCAACAUCUCUGAAAUUAUUCAUGAAUUUGCCUGCUUGCAGCUAGUCGCAAUUUUUUAGUCAUAAUGAAAAGUUUUUGUAUCCCAAUCCCAAGUCCAAUCCCCUGUCCUCGUCAUGGAAGGUGGGAACAGGUAAAGCUCUGGUGGAGCUGCAUUACCUAGUUCCCCGUGCAGUGGAUUUAAUGGAUGACAGAAUGAUCAACAAGUCAUCAACGAUUUCUACUGGGAAAAAAUUUUCAAGGUGGUUGCAAAAAGGCACCUGUAGCGCUGCAGGGAAAUGCUUUUCAGGUUGUCGUAUAUGAAGUCAUUAAAAUGUCUGUAAUGUUUCUCCUUUUCAGAUGAACUGCAAUCUGUGCGCGAACGUCUUCCAUCGAACAGGUGAGUUCUUCUUUGAUUUGUCAAGAAGGGUGUAAAUCAUCUUAAUAUUUCAUUCCACGAUCUACACAAAUGAUAAUGUAGAUGGACAUCUAAUAGUUUAGUGAAAGGUGACACAAAUAUAUCAUGAAACGAAUAGGAAAUUCGUCAGUUAUCAUUUCCUAGUUUCCAGUUCCCUGUCUAUCCCACCGACCCAAACAAAUGAAGCGUUGGACUAUCAAUUUAUCCAAGGGUUGGUUCAAAUUUAUUCGUCAUUUACAAUCCGUGAUAAUCUCCUCCAUCCUUUUUCCUUUUUGAGUUAUUCUUGCGUAUUUUUCUACCCUCAUAAGCAGCAAAGUGAACUUUCUAACGGUUUGUACAAGGCCAUUUUACCCGCUCGGGGUGUUGUGAAAACAUUAGAAAAGUUUUCAGGUGUCCUCCUAAUCUCCCAGGACGGUUAUUAUGCUACUGCUUUGAAAAAAAAGGUUUUGGGUUUACCCGUGCAAGAAAUGAUACAUUUUUCACCAAUCGUCUUAAUGCGCGUAAUUUCUCAGUUAAUUUUCAAGAGUUUCACUUCAUGGAAACAUUCCACUAAAUCCAGAAAUAGUUGUGACGUAGCUUAACUGUUCAUUUCAACGUCUAAUAAAUGAAAGGGUGUCGUAAAAUUCUCCCAUAGGUUGCUUUCCACGGUAAUACAGAGCUCGGAUAACAGUCCUUAAAGAUUUUGGACGGAAUCAAAAAAAGCAUGUGCUGUGUGCCCAAGAUGUCUUAAACUUGUUAGACUUAAGUGGUGGCUGUGGGAAUUUGUUAGGCAUUGAGCUGUACUUUGAGAGUAUGGUUUUACUAUGUAUUCAGAUCAAGCAUGAGUCAGGAACCGAGAGAAUAAAAACAUUUCUGUCAAAACCUACUAGUUAUAUACAUCAUACAAACUGAUAUACAAACAUUUCAAAACUGUGGCAACAAAUUUGCUCGGAGACCUUUAUUACAUAGAUAUAAUUUUUUAUCCAGGUUGUUUGUCCUCCUGGGGUUCCAUAUUACCAUAACGGAAUUCGGAGUGUCAC